ACCAAAGGUCAGACAGGCUGGGUCAUGAGUCAUGGAAGUGUUUGGUGAUUAGACAUUAUUAAUGGAUUUAACGGUUUUAUUCAAAGGUUAUUUACAGCUUCAGGUUUUUUUAAGUGGUGGUGAAUUGUACACAUUUCUCACCAACACCUCUUUGAUUUUACAGCCCACACAAAUCCCUGCAGACCUCGUGGACAAACUGGAGCGACUGGCCUUGGUUGAUUUCCGGACCAAACAGGGUCUGGCCUGUUUGGAGAAAGCGAUACGGUUUGCAGAUCAGCUUCAUGUGGUUGACACGUCGGGGAUUGAGCCCAUGGAUUCAGUCCUGGAGGACAGGGCUCUAUACCUGAGGAAUGACACAGUGAUGGAAGGGGACUGUGCUGAGGAACUGCUUCCGCUCUCCAAAAACACAGUGGAAGAAUAUUUUGUGGCACCACCAGGAAAUAUUCCUUUACCAAAGCGAGAAGAGAGGGCCGCAUUACUGAAACACUCAGAGUUCUGAUAUUUGUGGUCUUUUCCUGGAUUUCAUUGACAUUGUUUUUUUAAUUUGGAGAAUGGAUGUGUCUUCCAAGAAUUGCAAUAUAUGAUCAAUUGACUAAGAAAAAGACUUGGUCUUAGUGUGCUGCUUAUCUGCAGCCAAUAACAGCUAUCAAAAAGCUUUAUCAGAUAUAUAUAGUACAGUGCAUGUUCUGGAACAGGAAAAAUAAAAAGCUGCUUUUCAUUUACUUUUAGUUUUACACUUUACUUUUACACUUUUACACAAUUUUUUUGUUUCACUAUCCUUUCAUCAAAAUGGUGAGUGAGCAGUAUGUGUGGCCAAAGUGUGUAAUGAGGAUAUUCAU